AGCGACAGAAGACGACAUGCAUUGCUGGCCACGAAGUUCGUAUCGAGACGCGUCAUACCAACAAUGAGCACGCGCGAAACCUCGCCGCUGCACGAAUGAAGUCGCUGGCGGAAGCAAAUGGCCCAGAGCCGGGGCUGCACUGUCCACCCUCGUUCACGUGGAGCCUGUGGCAAAUUAUACACCGUAGGUCGAUAAGUAGCCGUCCGGAAACCAUGUCGAGGAUGAUCAAGUCGCGUUCCACACGUGAUCCUUCCUCGCCUAAGAAAUUUGUUGAAUGCCUCGUUUCCUACGGUCAUUCCUGCAUAUAAGGUGCUGGCGGCUGUCCUCCCCGCCGAUAACUAUCACUCCCACCAUGCAUAAUCAGCAGAAAUUCAUUCUCAUCAACCUCGACAAGCAGGAAGUGAUUGAUUGGAACCUCCUGUUGCCCGAGGUCUUAUUCGGGCGACAGAAAAUCAAGCUCCUCGUAGGAUUACUCGCCAAACCUCCCCCAGUUGAAGAACGUGCCCUCGCCUCUAUCCUUACGGAUCUACGAACUCGCCAUGGUGCAGACAGAGAGACAAGCCCCGACGAUGCGGACCUUUUAAUUGAUGGACUGUCGCAAGCCAUCCUACAGAACUCCGACGACGCUUUGCGCGCUGCUCUGACCACAUUCUGUAAACGGAGCGUGAUCGAUGUGUUGCACACUCGUGUUUCGUCUCUAUCACCUCUCGGGUCCUUCGGGACCUGGCAGGGAGAUCGGAUCAUUUGUCUCGGCGAUAAGACAACGGCAGAAGAUCUCCCCUUAAGAAUCUUCACAGAAGAGGAGCAACAAAAGCUUACCUCUCCUCCGAUUUGCUAUCCUGAAGGGUUCCGUAGCUCUCUGCUCUGCAAUUUUCGAAAUGUACGUGCACGGGAGGACUUCAUAGAGUAUUAUCCCGAUGACGGCAAAAGCGCCUGUGCCCUGCACACUGCUCUCCCUCCUUCCGCGAAAGUCAUCCUGAAUUUCGCCUAUCGUCCUUCUUUCUCUCGCCCUGUCGUCGAGCAAGGCGCAACCGAGCCCGUCUGGGUGUUGUGUAACAUCUCCAAACUACUAUAUGUACGCGUCAAUGCUAUCGCGGCCCUCUCCAAUUCCGCGACUGAAGGCCCGAAGGUGCAUGGUCGUAUCGGUCUCGAACACCUUCUCGUGUUGCAAAUCCUCUGGGCGUCCGACUGCUCGGUCAAGGCGAUGCACAGGAACAUUCAUCAGGGACCGUGGGUUGGAGAUCGAUUCGCGUUCACCACAAUGGACAGGAUCGGCGAAUAUGCCAAUAGCGAUUGGACGGAUUGGAGUACGGAAGCAGUACUGCUUGUGCGUAACAUAUGGGGACAUGUCCUUCCGGUGGCGCUGCCGGUUCCGUGAAGUCGCUUCCAUUCCUCGCACCCCCAUCCCUUCCCUUUCCCGAAUUAGAAACGCAGGCACGAAGAAGAAAGAAGAAUCAAGAUGAAGAAACGGAUCUUAAGAAGAAAUGUACAUUGAGAAGUUGAGGAAAGGAUUAGAAGAGAAGUGUUGCUUGUCUGCUGGUGUCCGUGCUCUGUACUGCUAUGAAUGAAAAUGACAAUUGCCGUGGUGUUUUACCUUUAACGUGGCUC